AGCUCUCUCAGACAGAGGGACUCUGAUCCUGGAAUCUGCACUGAAAACAGCACUUCAGGCUCUGGAUGUAGCUGUAAAAGAACAAGAGCAAUAUCAGAAGGUUUGCAACUCUUGUGUCCCCUGCCUCUUUCCAGAAUGCACUAACUCAGGAGGACGUUGCAGAGGAAAUUUCCAGCCUGAAGACUCAGAGCCAACAUGUGAUGUGAUCCUGGAGGCUCAUGCAAAUUCGGACCCACUGGAAAGAAGCUGGUCAAUGAGUCAAGUCUGUAGCUUCUACCAUCAGCUGUGUCCUGAGGGGAACCUGACAGAGGACAAAUGUAUCCAAGCCACGGCUGGUCGGUGCCAACUGAAACUUGAAGAGUGCAAGCUGGAAAUGACUAUGGAUUAUUUAAAUACCUCACCAGAAGAUGGAAGUCCAGUGACAUGUGGACAGAAGUUCUCAUCCACCAGCAACAACACAAUCGCUAAGGGCCGCAUUGUGGGUGGGAGCGUAACAUCCCCUGGGUCCUGGCCUUGGUUAGUGAACCUUCGACUAAAUGGAGACCUGAUGUGUGGAGGAGUAUUGUUGGAUGACAUGUGGAUACUUACAGCUGCUCACUGCUUCACUGGGAAUGUUAAUUUACUCCAAUGGACAGUAGUGGUUGGUCAGUAUGAUCUCAGCAAGAAGGUUCAAGGAGAGAAGACUUUUCAAGUUAACAGGAUUGUGACGCAUCCAAAGUUUAACCAGAAAACCUUUGAUAAUGACCUUGCCCUGCUGGAACUAACCAGCUCAGUCACAGCUUCAGAAAGUGCAAGACCAGUGUGCCUUCCGCCAGUGCCUAUAGAUCCAGCCCCUGGCACUAACUGCUACAUUGCUGGAUGGGGCUCCCUCUACGAAGAUGGACCCCUGUCAGAUGUGAUUAUGGAAGCCCAUGUACCAGUUCUUAGCCAAGAAGCUUGUAGAGGCACCCUGGGAAAAGACAUGCUAACCAGCACAAUGUUUUGUGCAGGUUACCUGACUGGUGGAAUAGACUCUUGUCAGGGAGACUCUGGAGGACCACUGACAUGUCAGGAUCCUAUUUCCAAACAAUAUGUUCUGUAUGGAAUCACAUCAUGGGGAGAUGGCUGUGGGGAAAGAGGGAAGCCAGGAAUAUACACGAGAGUCACUGCCUUUACUGACUGGAUCAGCCACCAAAUAAAGAAAUCUCCUCCAAUAAGGGAGCCUACGUGCUUUGAACUGAGUGAACUAGGUAUUCUGCAUGAAAAAGGAAUCAGUUCCCUCUGCUCUUUCUAUAGAACGCUGUGCCCUGUGCCUUUGAGCCAGGAAGCAUGCACACGUUUAACAGAAGAAAGGUGCAAACAGAAACAGCGGCGAUGUGAGCUCCAUUCGUAUUUGCAAACCCUUCUCAGCUUACUGCGCAGGGCAGAGCAUUUCUUGCGGGAUAACAUGGAUUUCUCAUUUUUCACCCAGACUAUUCCACAGUUCAUGGAGCAAGUGUACAGCAAUAUCUUUACCUCUAGAGUCCGCAGGGACAUUCAGAUCCAAGAAACUGAAAUAGUGGAUAAAGAAAUCAGACAUGAUACAUCAGGCAAAUCCAAUGAGUCAUCAGAACAGACUGAAAAUAAUACAGAGAGCAACGAGAUACUGAAAAAUAAAUCCUUCGAAUUGUUAUUUCAAAACUGGGGCCCCGGUCUGCAAGAUUGGAUGAUACAGUUGCGUAAGAUGAUGGAGGAUGAGGAUGCAAGAUCAUUACAGCAGUUCCAGGCAGAUAAACAAAAUAUAGCAAUGGAAAAAAAGCUUUUUCUCCAGAGAAACGAUGAUACAGUGAAAACACUGGAAGUGAUUGGAUGGAAUAUGAUUCACAUGCUGAAAUCAGAACUCCGAAUGGAAAGAGCUGUAAAUUUAUACUUGGAAAUGCCAGCUCUAGAACCAAAGUCCAUUGCUGACCAUUCCCAGAUAAGGAAGAGGGAAGUAACACAAGUGACUGAAGAGGAAAAAGAAAAUCUGGGAGGUUGUGGCCUUCUAGUGGAAGCAGGUCGAAAAGUUCAGUCCAUUAAAGAGAAAUACAGAUGGAUCCUGCAAGUGCCAGAGAGAGACCUCUCCAUGAACUUCCAAGAGAUUCUGGUGGACAUGAACUCUAAGAAUGGUAAAGGCCUCUACAGAGCCCGUGUCAGGGUUCAAGUAGCUGGGAAGCCGACCUCCUUUAUCAGUUUAGUGGGGCUUGAGAACAGUUCUCUCUAUCGUAGCAUGCCAGGAAUCAUUGCUCUCUCAAUGGAUGUUCUAAAAACCUAAAGUCUAUUGGAAAAAGGAGAGGAGAUCAUGAAGCUCAAACUUACAUCUGGGUGCAGGGCCAAAGAAACCCCAGAGAUCACUUCUACAUUGGAAGAAGUCAAUAAGAAGAGAGGCUUGACCAGUCCAAUUAGCGUUAACAGACCAUUGCUAUGAUGAAAGAAAAAUAUAAUUUGCACCUCACUAUUCAUUGUACUAAAGUCCAAUGGGCAAAUCAUAACACAAAACACAAGCAUAUCUAUGUUGUUAGAUGGUCAAACCCUUCAAAGCAAUUUUGGAAGUGACAAUGGGAAAAAAUAUUUUUGACUGUGCCGAAUGCAGUGCAUUCUCAUUCGUGAGACACGUUAUAAUUCUUAUUAGCAAAUGAGUUAUGGGUUAGACCAGUGCUGUCCAACUUCUGUGGUACAGAGGUCGAACAUUUUCUGGUCUACAUGGUGGAGGGCGAUAAUGGAAGCUCCCUGUUUUUUAACUACACCCAUGUUACCACGAGAACUUUUAAGACUAUAUCCACAUUAAUGGUGGUAGCACACCAAAAA